GGUAACUAACAGUCCUUUGUGCCCACGACCCAGCCCCGCGCACUCGGAGCCCGCGGCGCGCGCAGGAGGGUGGAAGUCAGGUCCGCGCCGCAGCCCAUGUUGCGAUCCCCAGUCAUGGCUCUCGCUGUGCGAGUCGUUUAUUGUGGUGCUUGAGGCUACAAGUCCAAGUAUCUUCAACUCAAGAAGAAGUUAGAAGAUGAGUUCCCCGGACGCCUGGACAUCUGUGGCGAGGGGACUCCCCAGGUCACCGGGUUCUUUGAAGUGAUGGUAGCUGGAAAGUUGGUUCACUCCAAGAAGAGCGGCGAUGGCUACGUGGACUCGGAGAGCAAGUUUCUGAAGCUGGUGGCCGCCAUCAAGGCUGCCCUGGCUCAGGGCUGAUGUUCCCUGAAGGCAGAGCCCAGCGAGCACGCUUGACCCAGCCCCUCUCCACAGACGCUUCAUGAUGGGAAGGACUGAAAUGUCUCAUGGACGCCUGGUCUUUCCCUGAUGUUCUUGCGGCUGCCGGGUGGAGGCAGAUCGAAGCUCCUGGUCUUUGCCAGUGUGUGUGUGGGUGUGUGUUCCCUGGAAAUCUAACUCUGACACUGGUCCUGUCCUCCCCUGUCUCCCACUUUCAACCAUCUUCCUGCUUUCCCUGAAUCCUCUGUUCCUGUGGUGUUUGGAGGAGGGAGGGCUUACUCCAGGCUUCCUUCACAGGGGAGUUUUGAGAGGCACCAGGAUGAGUGAGUCUCAGAUUUCAGCAGCAAUUGCAACAGUUCACAAUUCAAUAAACAUUGGAUGAGUUUAACAAAA